AUCGUUGGCGGCGCCUGCAUCUACAAGUUCUUCAUGCCCCGGCACAAGACUUUUGAGGGUCAGCUGUCCUACAUCGAUCACACAGACGUGGACGAGGAGCCGUAUUACCUGCCGGUGUCAGAGAGGGCCGACAUCCGCGAGGAGGACAACGUGGCCCUGAUCAGUGUCCCUGUGCCCAGCUUCUCCGAGGGCGACUCUGCCGCCAUUGUCCACGACUUUGACAGGCUCCUCACCGCUUACCUGGACCUGCAGCUGCAGAAAUGUUACAUCAUCAACCUGAACACGUCCAUCGUCCUGCCGCCCCGCAACCUGAUGGACCUCUUCAUGAAGCUGGCGACUGGAUCCUACCUGCCGCAGACUUACCUGGUGCGCGAGGAGCUGGUGGUGACGGAGAGGAUCGAUGAUGUGUCCGAGCUGGGGGUCUUCAUCUACCAGCACUGCAUGGGGCGGGAGACCUACAGACUGCAGAGGAGGGACCAGAUCAUAGGUUUCCAGAAGCGCUCGGCAGAGAACUGCAUGCAGAUCGUCCACUUUGAGAACACGUUUGUGAUGAUGACCCGGAUCUGCCAUGAGUGAGGCCUCGGGGGGGCGGUGAAGACGGCGACUUAUGUAUUUUUUUUUUUUUUUCCUUUUUCCGAUUUUUAACCUGUGCAGUGAUAAUCAAUCAUUCUCCACUCGUGCUCCUGCUUUGUAGCUUCUGUACGGACUUUGACGUGACCCCCGCGCCUGGCGGGCGACGCCAAACCUCAGGAAUUGACCUAGAAUUAGUGGCCGUAACCUCACUGUCCUCACCCUGAUGCCGGCGGCUCCGCGACAGAAGCUUUAACAUCGUUCACUUUCCGAUAGGACGAGUCGUCCCGGCGCAUGUUCUCCCUGCGGCUACUGUGACUUCUGUAUAUUUGCUGCUUUCCUGACACUCGAGAUUAUUAUUAUAAUUUUUUUUUUUCUUAGAAUGGACUUUGUACUUCAAAUGUCAAAAAAAAAAGCUCUCGCCCCCCCCCC